AUGACCGGCUCAGUUUACGCGGCGCUUCCACAACACAAUGCUCAUUGGGAACCUGGUACGAGUGUGUUCAAGAAUGGCAUCACCAUUGAGCUCUACUCUCCACAGGGCACAAACUACACACUCCUAGCAGCCGGUGUGGUAAACUUGAAGCCGCUUUUACAGAAAGGUACAAAAAACCGUUACGUUGGCGAACUAAAAUUAGUUUCUCUGGAAUCCGGCACGACUAUAGCCAACCUGAAGUAUGAGCUAAAUACCACUGAGGAAUUGACAAAAUCGAUCAACAGCUACCAGGUUGCUGAAGCUGCACAAAAGAUUCUUCCAAUAGAGAUACCAGCAGAUAAGCAAUCAUUUGAGGAACUAACAGUGAUGGUACAC